AUGCCCUUUGUAUUCUGGCUUAAUAUUGUAUUAAAAGGAAAGUUAAAUAAUCAAUUUUAUUCUCAUUUUAAAUUAUUAGUUAGCGCGUUACGGAUUCUUGUGUGCGAUAAUCUUUGUCAAAUACACAACCAAUUAGCAGAAACAUUUCUCAAAGAAUUUGUUUCACAGUAUUCGAUUCUAUAUGGCCCACAUAAUGUUUCAUAUAAUGUUCAUAAUUUAGUACAUCUUCCAAUGUUUGUGAAGAUUCAUGGUUCCCUAGAUAAUUUCAGUUGUUUUAAAUAUGAAAACUAUCUUCAGGAAAUAAAAAAAUCUAUUAAAAGUGCUAAGUAUCCACUUCCAGAAAUCACAAACCGAAUAAUUGAAAAACAAAAACACUGUUUAUCUGAAAAAUAUCAAAUAUCGAAUCCAGUAACUGUAGGAAAAGAAGUCAGUAUUAAAAUUGUUUCUCCUUAUGUUUCGUUAGCUGAUAAGAUCUAUGAAAAAAUUACAUUACAAGAUUUAAACAUAACUAUUAACACUUCUAAAAUAAAAGAUAAGUAUGUUAUGCUAAAAAAUCAGAAUAUUGUAGUUGUUAGACAUAUAAUGAAACGACAAAAUGAAUUUGAGUUUAAGAUCAUAGUUCAAAAAUUUUUUAAUUGCUUAAAUUUUUAUUUUUCUCCUACACCAUCGUCAAAUUUAGAAACUUUUAAUAUAAAUACUGCAUUAUUAUCAGAUGAAUUUAUAAUCAGUGUUACUGAAGUAAAAUACAAAUGUUUUUUUGUACCUAUAUCAAAUGAAACUGCAAUUGUAACAACAUUAUGUCAUGGUAUAGCUGAGUAG